AACAAAAAAAAAUGUUUUCUGCUGUAAACAAAAUUUUUGCCGGCAACAAAAACAAACAGUGAUAAACAGUGAGAUAUAUAGAAAAUAUUCUACAAGUGAAUUUAUUGUUUGAUUAUCAGUCGGGAGAAAAUUGAGUAUUAAAGAAAAAGCAACUGAUAAUGGGUUCAAUAAGUGACGAAAAAGAGGAUUUGAUUCCUCGACCGUAUCAAAUUGAUCUCUUUGAAAAAGCAAUUGCAGAAAAUACGAUAAUUUAUCUUCCCACGGGAUCGGGAAAAACAUAUAUUGCGGUUCAAGUUGUUAAAAAAUUGAGUGCUGCAAUUCAAGGUAAAUAUAGCUCUGGAGCGAAACGAACAAUUUUCAUAGUGAAUACAGUUCCACUUGUAACGCAACAAUCAACUUAUCUCGCCAGACACACUGGUUUAAAUGCCAAAGGUUUCAGCGGCGACACCCGGGUCAAACAUUGGGACAAUAGAAAAUGGCUCAGUGAAAUCGAAGACACGCCGAUUUUAGUAAUGAUAGCGCAGAUAUUUCUAGAUAUUGUAAAUUGCGGCGCCCUGCCACUCGAUCGAGUUAAUUUAAUUAUAUUCGACGAGUGCCACAGAGGCGUCAGCGAUCAUCCGAUGAGGCAAAUAAUGCAGAGAUUCGAGAAAUGUCCCCAGAACCAACGACCAAGGGUCUUAGGUUUAUCGGCUACUCUACUUAAUUCCAAUGUCGAUUUGGAUAAAGUUCCAGAGACAAUCGAGUCACUGGAAGUCACUUAUAACUCGAAAAUAGCGUCAACUGAAUCGUUGGCUAUUGUCGCUGGUUUCUCGACAAAUCCAAGGGAAAAUUGUAUAAAAUACAAGGAGCAAAAGGAAUGUGCGAAAGAAGUGGAAGAAAUUAUAAGCGAAGUGACGAGAAUGUUGAAAAUAAUACUAAUACCACAACCCUCGGAUAUUAAUCUUUCAACGUCCGUGUUCAAGCCAAAAUCGAGAAGCGAGAAAUUAAUUAACAUUUUAAUUGAUAUUAAGGACAAUAUAUUCAACACAGGAUCAUUUGGAGGAAGUAAAGCUGUUUUAUUACACAUGAUACAAAUAGAGGGAAUAAAAAAAGUUGUUUCCGAACCAGAAACAAUAUUCGUCUUGGAUUACAUUUUCACAAAACUGAUGACUCUACGAAAAUUUUUUGACAUGGAAAUGAAUGGCUUCUCACUGAGGGAUCAAAUUUAUCAAUUCUCAUCGGACAAAGUGAUAAAAUUGAUAGCAGUUCUAAAGCAAUUUAACACUAAAAAAGAUCCUGAUCAAAAUUUUUGCUGUAUUAUUUUCGUUCAGCGCCGCUUCACUGCACAAGUUUUGUAUCAUAUCUUGAAGAGUCUUCAAGAAUCAGACGAAGAAUAUAAAUUUUUGAUGCCGAAAUACAUGGUGGGAGACAGUAGCGAUUCGUUCAAAAAUACCAGAGAAAAUAUGUGUACUGCCAGAUGGAAUCAGGAUGUAUUGAAAAGUUUUCGUGAAGGCGAGACAAAUUGCAUCGUCGCCACCGACGUAGUGGACGAGGGCGUCGAUAUUCCCGAAUGCACAUUAAUUGUUCGCUUCGAUUUGGCGAUGGACUUUCGAUCCUACAUUCAAAGUAAGGGACGAGCUCGUCAUUCGAGAAGUCAAUACACAAUGCUCGUUCCGUACGGUGACGAUACUUUUGAAGCCAGAUAUGUGCAAUUUCAAAAAACCGAAAAAUAUCUACAGCAAUUAUUGAUUGGACAAACCGAUUAUCGAUCACUGCCGAAUGUGAAAGACAUUGAAAAAGAAUUGUACGUUUAUAAAAUUGAACCAUUCUUGCAUAGAAAUGCCGAAGGUAAGCCUUGCGCAAUAACUGAACAGUCGGCAAUUGCUUUGCUAAACAGAUACUGCGCGAAUUUGUAUAAAUCGAAAUUUGUCAGUUUGACACCAAUUUGGACUCUGGAGAAACAACCGAACAAAAUAUCAGAUACCGAGCACUUGUUUCAGGUGUCACUGACACUGCCGAUUGUUUCGCCUCUGAAGGAAACGAUUGUCGGCGACUGGAUGGAAUCGAUAGACGAUGCAAAGCGAUCGGUUGCAAUGAAGACGUGCAUUAAAUUGAAGGAAAUUGGGGAAUUAAAUGACAAUUUGAAUCCCAUUGGUCCAGACGAUAUUCAGGAGAAUGUCAAUCAUCUUUUUCCAAAUUGGAUCGAAGAGGAAAUUGUUGAUAAUUGUGUGCCGGGGACGUACGGCAAGAAGAGGAAACAUAAUUUAAUUCACCCAAGGGAACUUUAUGGAGCGUUUCCUUGUAUAAAUAAACCGCUAUUUCUUCAUGUGUUGAAAAUGAGACCAACGUUCGCAGAAACUUUGGAUAAUCCUGAAUUAGGAUUUUAUAAUGUGCUGAAGGAAAGUGCAGGAUAUGGAAUACUGACAACGACUGAGCUUCCAGAAAUGCCGAAUUUUCCGAUUUUCAUUAAAAAUGCAACAGUCGAGGUGCAUGUAGAAGUGAAUUUUACAAGAAUUACUUUAGAUAGCGAACAAAUCGAGGCAUUGAAAUAUUUUCAUGGAAUGCUAUUUCAAAAAAUUCUAAAUCUCCUUCAUGACUUUAUGAUUUUCGAUGUGAAUAAUUUGGAAAACAGUUUUGCAAUUGUUCCAGUGAAUGAAAAUUUAGAAAUCGAUUGGAAAAUUAUCGAUUACGGUGUUUCUUUAAAAAAUGCCAAACAACAAAUUUUCAAAGUUAAAUCCAUUUCUACAAACAUCAGUUUCAACGUGCCAAGGGAAAGUAGCAAAAAAUCGAAAGACAACAUCGAUGAUGAAGAUCAUUAUCUUUUACCUGAACUUUGUAAUGUCACAGAAUUCCCAGCAUUGUACUGGUUGAAAGCAAUAGUUUUACCAUCAAUUCUUUAUCGUAUAGGACAAAUCUUAAUAGCGAAUGAUCUGAAGAUUGAAAUGGAGAAAGAGGCAAAAAUUGCUGUUCCAUUUUUGAGGAAAAAGCCUUUGACUGUAACGGCAAUGCAAGUGGAUAAACGAAGAAGGGAAAUUAUAGAAACAGCUUCAGAUUCUCCAUCAAAAAUGGAAGUCUCCGAUCUGCAAGAGGAAAUUGGAUUCUCAAAAAUGAACGUUUUCAAUAUGAAUGUGGAAUAUCCGUGGAUAAUAGAGAAUAAUCUUCCAGAUAUAAUUCGCCAGGCGGAUGUGGUUCAAAUGAUACGCAUCGAAACGUAUUACAAUUUUAAGCCAAAGGAGGAAAAAGAAAAUAUGACAAAAACUGUGGUGAAACCGAAACAAAAUGUGAAUUCCACUUCAAGACUAAAUAUGACACAGCCAGUGAUAAAAUUGCUAACAAACUCUAAAUUCGAGGGUCUGAAUAGCGUUAUUCUAAUGAAGGCUCUAACGAACAGAACGAGCAACGAUAUUUUCGAUCUUGAACGUAUGGAAACACUGGGCGAUUCGUAUUUGAAAUUUGCUGUCUCUUUAUUCUUGUACGAAACCUACAAGAAUUUCAAUGAGGGAAAAUUGACCGCUUUGAAGGGGAAAUUAAUUGGCAAUCGAAAUUUAUACUAUUGCGGUCUAAAUAGAAGAAUACCGGGACGAAUAAAUGUCGAGGAAUUCAUUCCAGAGAGUAAAUUCGUUGUUCCUGCUUUUACUGUUGAAAGAGAAGUUCAGAAAGUGUUAAUUAACAAUGAGAUUUCUUCGAAUGUAUUGCAAGAAGUACAUAUUCCUGACGAGGAGAAGAUCAGCGGCUACAUAACUGAAUCGACUUUAGACGAGAUCAACGAAAGAGUUUUAGAAUUUAACGAUUCAUCAAAUAACUGUCCAAUGGAACACUUUUUAGGAAGACAAAUUGUUGCCGACAAAGUGGUGGCAGACUCUGUGGAAUCAAUUAUCGGCGCUAGUCUUUGCUCCCUAGGCGUGGAGGGCGCGUUAAAUAUCAUCAAAUGGUUUCAAAUAAUUCCAAUGUGGUCGAAAAUUGAAAUGAAGAGCAUUCCAAUAGCCUCGAGUUCACUUAGUGAAAUUGCGGCGGCAAAAGUCAACGAACACAUACCCUGGGCAUCAAUGCUUGAAAAGAAAAUUAACUAUACAUUCAAUGAUCGUUCAUUGCUACUUCAGGCAUUUUCUCAUCCUUCAUACUCACCAAAUGUAAUAACUCCCUGUUAUCAAAGACUGGAAUUUCUUGGCGAUGCAGUUUUAGAUUUUCUCAUUACUUUGUAUAUUUACGAAUCUUGCGAGAAAUUGACUCCUGGCGAUAUUACGGAUUUGCGAUCAGCUUUAGUGAACAAUAUAACUUUUGCCUGUAUUUCGGUCAAGUACGGACUGCACACUUCGCUAUUGGCCUAUGUGCCCAGUUUACAUGAGACGAUAAAUAGAUUCGUCAAUUUUCAAGAGGAAAAAAAUCACGCCGUUGAUGUUGAGUUACUUUGGAUUCUAAUGGAAGAAAACGAGUGCAAUUUGGCUGAACAUGUCGACGGGCCGAAAGUAUUGGGAGACAUUUUCGAGUCAUUAAUUGGCGCUAUUUAUAUUGAUUCCGGCAAAGAUUUGAAGAAAGUCUGGCAAAUAGUGUUUAAAAUGAUGCAACAGCAUUUUGAAGUAUUUUGUGCAGAUGUGCCUAAACAACCGAUAAGAGUUAUUUUCGAGGUGGGGGUUAAACCAAAAUUUUUGAAAUCGUCAGUAAUUGAAUCAACUGGUCAAAUAAUGGUACCUUUGGAAAUUAUUGUCGAGGGGGAGACGAAAUUAUUUCACGGAUUUGGCGCCAAUAAGAAACAAGCCAAAUCCGCGGCGGCGAAACAGGCGUUAAAAUAUUGUCACUCUAAAAAAAAGGCGAAGGAAAGUGACUCAGCCUUUGAUCAAUUCUGCUAAUGUUGUUGAAAUACUUAGAGAAAAGACUUACAAAUUUUUAUUAUUGUUAAAAUUACAAAAUAUUUUUAUUUCUAUUUUUUUAUAAGAAAUUUUUUUUAUUAGAAAUAUGUUUAUAAAUAUAUUGAUUUUUAUAGAAAUUUAAGAAUUUUGUGAUUAUCAUCAAAUGUACAGUAUUAUGUGAUUUUUUUUUAUUUGUUAAUAAUAAUU